AUGGUGUACUCCGCGUUCCUCCUGGGCGGUGUUUCGACCGUCAGUCUCCCAGACAUUGAAAGUUGGGACAGUGUCGUCCUCAUCGAGCUUGACACGGCUCUAGACAACGAGAAAUCCGACCCUGACUAUGAGGUUCGACACUACCUCAAUGCGAGGUUGCAUAAGCGCGGGAGGUGCAUAAAUCUCCUGUACGACAUGAACCUUUUCUCGAGGACUCUGAAGACUCUCGAGGAGCUCUGGGGUGUUUCGUCCGAGAUGCACCGUGUUCCGAAGAACUAUCGCUACGCUAUACUUAGACACACUCGACUGAGAUAA